AUGAGUUAACGAGAUUUGAGUAAUUUGAUUUCGAUCAAUCCCAACGAUCCCCAACAGUAUUAAGACUUGCUGGCGUAUUAUCGAUCUAAAUUGGGAGAAUUCGAGAAGGAAAGAUUUGAAUGGUUAACAAAAUUGGAGGAAAUCAAAAUUUAAUAUGAAGACAAACAUCAAUAGGAAUGGGAAUUACUAAAGAGGAAACAGGAGAUCAAGGAGUUGUAAUAAACAGUGGGAGAGGCAAAAUUAAUGCUAUUUGAGGAGAGAUAAGCCAGAUUGAAGUUGUAAAAGGAGAACGAUGCUUUGAAAGUGAGAGAAUUGGAAGAUAAAAAGAAGAUUGCUGAAUUGAUGGCCAUGAUUGAACCCAUUGAGGAAUAAGUAGUAUUAUCAAAAGAUUUAAGACCUGAAGUAACUACAAAAUAUACAGGUGACACAUUGGCUGUAAGAGAGAAGCAGGGAAAUGUUAAGAUGCACAAUAUCAAUUAAGGAAGGAGCAUAUUAAAAACAGUGUAUAUGCCAAACGAAUAGUUGAAUGCAUAUUAGUUGGAGAAUGAAAAUUUGAAAAAAUAAGUUGAAAAUGCAGAAACAAUGUUGACUCAAUAAUUCGCAGCCUUGAGGGAGGAGUUGAGAGCAAAGGAAGUGGAAACCAAUCUAAGAAUAAAAGAAGACCAAUAGAAAUUAGAUUAAUUGGUUUAAAAAAUAUAAAAAUUGGAGAAACAAAAUGUAGAACUUGUUAAAGAUUGUUAUGCAUAAAAACAGAAAUUUUAGAAUAAGGAGAGGUAGAUGCAAGAGGAUUUGGAAGUAGCAAAGUUGAAGAAUAAAAAAUUGAAGAUGGAAUUGGAUUAAAUCUAAAGGAAAUACAAUAUUGAAAAUAAAACAGCUUUAGAAUUGCUUGAAAAGAAGUCUGAUGAAUACAAUAAGAAAUUCAGAAGUCAAAUCAAAUCAAAAGACGAGCAAUUGUCAAUCAUCAAAGAACAAUAUGAAUAAGUUUAGAAUAUUUAUAUUAACAAAAUAUAAUAAUUGGAAGAGAAUCUAUCCAAAUUGAUUGAGAAAUAUUAAUAAUUGGAAAAGAGAAGAUCCUUGGAAGUUGAAGGGUUUAAGAAUGACAUCAAAAUUUUAACUAAGAAAGUAAAGGAUUGUGAGAAAUCACAUGUGGAAAAAUAAAACGAAAAUAAGUCUCCGGAAGAUUUGGCUAAAUAUUAGGAAGAAGCCUAGUAACUUAAGUAGUAAUUAGCCAAGGAGACAGGCAUUAUCUACUCUUCUGGAAAGAAGAAUACUGCUAAUAAUAAUAAUUAACAAUAAACUAUUAAGGUGAAGGGCAGUCAAUCAAGAGGAGCAUCCAAAACGAUGAAGCAAACAAACAAAUAAAGCAAGAAGGGAAUCAAUAAUUAGAAUUAGAACGAUUAGAGGGAAGAUGAUGAUGCAUCUGAAUCAGUUCCCAUGCAUGAGUUGGAAGACUUACAACGAUAAUUGGAUGAGCUGCAGUAUCAAAUGGAUGUAGCUAAGAAAUAAUGA